CAAGUGAUGCUUCAGCAGCCUUUGGGUGGAGGAAUCCCGACAGAAGAAAGACUCUCUGUGUGUCUCUAUCUGCGUGUCUCUCUGUCUCUGUCUCUUCAAGCGGAGGGAAGCGAGCACAUCGCGCAUCUCUGAUUUAUGUCAUAAGACCGUCAUCGCCGCUCCACCUGAGCUCUGCUCGACUUACUUUGAAGGCGGACUUUUUUUCUUCUUCCUUCCUCUCGCCGCAGAAGUCUUCUCACAGUCAGAUCUUUGUCAGGAUAUCAAGAAGCGGGCUGCUUUCCAAGUCAUUAAAAGACAAAUAGUGUCUUUCCUCGGUUCCCACCAUCACCAUCACCAGGAUGAGGCUCGUAUCUCCACGCUGGCUCCGGGGCGUGUCGCUGCUCCUGCUGCUCCAGGCGACUGCUUCCAUGGGGAUGCUUGGCAACUCCACGGGCUUCCGGGAGAUUCUGGAGAAGUAUAUGCACGAGGAGGGGGACUCGCGGGAGGCCAAGCACAGGGGGAAGAGGGCCAUCACCGACGGUGACGCUCAGCUCAUCCUGGACCUUCACAACAAGCUCAGAGGCCAGGUUUACCCUCCUUCUUCCAACAUGGAGUACAUGGUGUGGGACACGGAGUUGGAGCGUACGGCAGAGGAGUGGGCGGAAACCUGCCUGUGGGAGCACGGUCCUGCCAGUUUACUGCCACAGAUUGGACAGAACCUGGGAGCACACUGGGGAAGGCAUCGCCCACCCACGUUCCAUGUGCAGGCCUGGUAUGAUGAGGUGAAAGACUACUCCUUCCCUUACCCUCAGGAGUGUGACCCCUAUUGCCCCUUCAGAUGCUCCGGCCCAGUUUGUACUCAUUAUACACAGCUGGUUUGGGCCACCAGCAGUCGGAUUGGCUGUGCCAUCAACACGUGUUACAACAUGAACGUGUGGGGACAAAUUUGGGCCAAGGCAGUCUAUCUCGUCUGCAACUACUCACCAAAGGGCAACUGGUGGGGGCAUUCGCCUUACAAACAUGGGACCCCGUGCUCCGCCUGUCCCCCCAGCUACGGAGGAGGCUGCAAGGACAACCUCUGCUACAAAGAUGACGGCUCUAACCCUCCAAACGAGGAAACAGAAGAAAACAAUUUCAUCGAGCUGGAGGCCUCCCAUACUCCACAGAAGCCCCGGCCCAGGGCCUCCAAGCCAGAGCCUCCCAGUCUCCCCGCUGCAGCCCCCACCAAGCCCCCCACAGAAGACCUGCAGAAGAACGAAGUGGUCAACACACAGCAGAUGUCUCAGAUCGUGACCUGUGACACUAAGCUCAGAGAUCAGUGUAAAGGAACGCCGUGUAAUAGAUACGAGUGUCCGGCUGGGUGCCUGGAUGCAAAAGGAAAAGUAGUUGGGACAGUAUACUAUGAAAUGCAAUCCAGUGUGUGCAGAGCUGGUCUACACGCCGGCGUCAUAGAUAAUGACGGAGGAUGGAUGGAUGUAACGCGACAAGGCAGAAAGGACUUUUUCAUUAAAUCCAACAAGAACGGAGUUCAAUCUCUUGGAAAAUAUCUGAGUGCUAAUUCAUUCACAGUUUCCAGAGUAACAGUCAAAGCCAUCACAUGUGAAACUACAGUUGCACAGAUGUGUUCAUACCAAAAGCCUACAAAACAUUGUCCAAGGUUAUACUGCCCGAGAAACUGUUUAGAAGAGAAUCCUCACAUAUCCAGAGUAAUCGGCACCAGAAUAUACUCCGACAAAUCCAGUAUAUGCCGAGCAGCCGUCCACGCUGGCGUAGUCAGGAAUGAUGUGGGUGGCUACAUCGAUGUAAUGCCAGUGGACAAGCGGAAACACUACAUUGCCUCGUACCAAAAUGGAAUUUUCUCAGAGAACCUUCAAAACCCUCCCGGAGGAAAGGCGUUCCGGGUGUUCGCCGUGAUUUGAGUGCCCCCGGACGGCGGCUUCGCCAAAACUGAAAGCAUACUCGGGCUGUUGAAUAGGCGGCAAUCGAGCCCCGUUGUCAAACCGAAUGACUGAAACGUUUCUGGCUGCGCUACAUUCUAGGGGUUAGAGGUCGUCUCCAUGGCGGCGUACACAUAGCAACAAAAACUUGACACAUUCACAAUGAGAAACUGUCAGUAUUCACUCGCACUGAGUGGGAAAUUUGUCAUCUUCAGCAGGACAUUUAUAUGGGAACAUUUAGUAAAUAUCGCUAAAAAUGUUGUAAAUGUUUGUAUGUCGAAUCAGAAUUAGUGGUUUUGUCUCUUUACAACUACCUGUGUAUGAUAUGUGAUUCUAGAAGUCCUAUGAUAUGACAUUAUAAUGGCACCUAAGAAUGAAUCCAUUUCAUUGUAUUAAGUCUGGCACAUUUUUACUAGUGCUACGGCGAGGUUUCUUGUCCUAUUUUUUACUUUUUAAAUGAUUGGGAGAUAAAUUGUUAUGCAUUUAUUUUUAUAUGAUUAUGCUCUUUAUCAAUAUGACUUAUACAGGAUGCUGCUAUAUGUUUUUUAUUUUUUGGAUUGCGGUUAUGAUUGUCAUUGUGAUGGGCUUUGUUUCUUAGGUUAUUUUUCCAGCUGAUGUGGUUUAGUUAAAACUCCCCGCAGGUCGGGAAGUAAACUCAUCCCCAUAGUCAUCAUUUUUGAAAACAAAACCUCUGCAGCAUCUGCUAGACUUCAUCGUGCAUCUCAUUAUACUGGAUGUUGUCCCCCUGUACAUAUGUUAAGUUCAUCUCCAUCCAUCUCCGUUUGAGACAACACCAACAGUUGUAUUUCAUACAGUAUGUAGAAGCAUCAGAUGUAUUUCCUGGUAUUUCUUGCCAGGUCCGCGCUUUCUCAAGCUACAAUCAAUAUAAUGGUCAAUUCGUUGUCUUUUUGUUAAUGUAUGUACCACAUAUUUUCCUACCUCAGGUUGUUAGGGAAAGUCCAUUUUGCAAUAAAAUAUUGAAACCAC